UCCGCGCGCUCCCUCAGGCGGCGAUGGCGGCGGCGGCGAUGGCGGCGAUCGUGGCCCGCGGCGGCGGAGCCCCCCGGGCGCUGGCCUUGCGGUGCCGCCGGCUGCACACUGUGUACCAGAGCGCGGAGCUGCCCGAGACRCACCAGAUGCUGCGGGAGACGGUCCGGGACUUCGCGGAGAAGGAGCUGAUGCCGCUUGCAGCGCAGCUGGACAAGGAGCACCGCUUCCCGGCCGAGCAGGUGAAGAAGAUGGGUAGCUUAGGGCUGCUGGCUAUGGACGUGCCAGAGAAGUACAAAGGAGCAGGSCUUGACUACCUGGCCUAUUCCAUCGCUGUGGAGGAGAUCAGCAGGGGCUGUGCAUCCACGGGUGUCAUCGUCAGCGUCAACAAUUCCCUUUAUUUAGGCCCAAUACUCAAAUUUGGCUCUGAAGAGCAGAAGCACCAGUGGAUCGCUCCCUUCACCAGUGGAGAGAAAAUUGGAUGUUUUGCCCUCAGUGAACCAGGAAAUGGCAGCGAUGCUGGUGCAGCCUCUACUGUGGCACGCCUGGAUGGGGAUGAGUGGGUUCUGAAUGGCACCAAGGCCUGGAUCACCAACGCCUGGGACGCCUCGGCCACCGUGGUGUUUGCUACUACAGAUAAAUCCCUGAAGCACAAGGGCAUUAGUGCGUUCCUGGUUCCCAUGCCGACAGCUGGGCUGUCACUGGGGAAGAAAGAAGACAAGCUGGGAAUCCGAGCCUCCUCCACUGCCAACCUGAUAUUUGAGGACUGCCGGAUACCCAAGGCCAACCUCCUGGGGCAGCCAGGAAUGGGCUUCAAAAUCGCCAUGCAAACUCUGGACGGAGGAAGGAUUGGUAUUGCCUCACAGGCCCUUGGGAUAGCACAGGCGGCUCUGGACUGUGCUGUGGAUUAUGCUGAGAAGAGAAUGGCCUUUGGGUCACCCAUCACAAAGCUCCAGGCAGUGCAGUUCAAGCUGGCAGACAUGGCUGUGGCCUUGGAGGGUGCGCGCCUGCUGACCUGGAGAGCCGCUAUGCUGAAGGACAAUGGGAAGCCCUUCACUAAGGAAGCGGCGAUGGCCAAACUGGCUGCAUCAGAAGCUGCAACGUCCAUCGCUCAUCAGGCUAUCCAGAUCCUGGGUGGGAUGGGUUAUGUGACAGAGAUGCCAGCAGAACGCCACUACCGCGACGCCCGGAUCACCGAGAUCUACGAGGGGACCAGUGAGAUCCAGAGACUGGUGAUCGCAGGCCAGCUGCUGAAGGCCUAUCGAGGCUGAGGGAGCUGACUAGAGCAACACCCUGCCCCAAGUGCCUCAUAAUGUUGCACAACAGUGAUGGAGUUUGACCCUCUUGAAUGAGGCUAAUGAUGGAGAUUUUCCUCACCAAUGAGUAACUGACCCUCUAGUUAAAAUAUGCUGAUUCUUCUUUGGACAAAGUAUGGCGCACAGAGGCCAAAUUGAGGUUUGUAAGUGAGGUUUUGGUGGCUGUGAGUGCAGCAGGCAACCUGUCCUCAUAGGGCAGUGUGGGGCUUUUCCUAAGCUGGACCAUUGGAAUGGCUAGUUAGUGGCAAAAUGACAGCAGCUGUCCUCGUACACUUCCCAGCCACUGCCUGUUUUGCAGAAUUUGUCACUACGUGGCACUGGAUAACCAGUGCUGGAGUUGGAGGUGCUGAGAGCCACGACCCUUGUGCCCUGCUCCAGGCUGCUGGUCCCCUCCUUCUGCAGAUCAGACUUCAGUGGAGUUCCAGUGUGGGAUGUAGCUGUGCAUGAGCUCCGAAUGGGACAUAGGCUGGGCUGAGGUAAUCCCUGAAGCAGGGCACUUCUCACUUCCAGCAGGAAAGGAGCCAGACAGGACACACAGAAACAACGUGCCCGCAGAGGGCUCUGUGCACAGGCUCUGGUUGCUGCCUGCAUAGAUGUGAAAACACAGAAAGAAUCCCUCAGUCUGGGCCAGCAGAGCCCAGCACCUGCUCACUCAGCUGCUCUGGGAUGUAGGGGUAGAAGCAAAGGACAGCAAUGCUGCAGUGCCUGAGACUGAUUUUGUUCAAAAAAACAAACACCAA